UCCGAGUUGGAAUUUAGCUGCACGCAGGGAAAGUUGGAGCCAGUUAAGAAAAACAUACAGACAACGCAGAAAGGUGGCCCGGAAGGAUCGGCACCCGUUUGGAAAGAGUAUUUAGGUUCUUCCAUUAUUCACCAUUAUGGUGUUUUUCUGGAGACGGGGAUUACGCACGCUGCAAAAUGCUGCACAGAGAAGUUGCAAAAGCGCAUGCUACUGUACUGCAUUGCAGGCAGGUAAAAAGUCUGUGAAUGGUGUGGAACUGCACUACCAACAGACUGGAGUUGGAGACCAUGCACUGUUACUCAUGCCUGGAGCUUUGGGAAGUGGAGAGACAGACUUUGGGCCCCAGCUGAAGGGUUUGGAUAAGAAACGUUUCACAGUGGUGGCCUUUGACCCAAGAGGUUACGGCAGGUCACGACCCCCACACAGAGACUUCCCCUCCGACUUCUUCCACAGAGACGCUCGAGAUGGCCUUCAGCUGAUGCAGACUUUGGGCUUUGGUCGCUUUUCUCUCCUGGGCUGGAGCGACGGCGGCAUCACAGCCCUUGUGGCAGCAGCUCUAAGCCCGGCGAGCAUCAGGAAACUAGUGGUCUGGGGCUCCAAUGCCUACGUCUCCCAGGAGGACCUCGCCAUCUACAACUCGGUUCGAGACGUAUCACGCUGGAGUGAGCGGAUGCGGAGGCCAAUGGAGGAGAUGUAUGGAGCUGAGUACUUCAGAAGCACUUGGGGUGCUUGGGUGGAUGGCAUCAGCCAGUUCAUCCACAAUCCUCAGGGCAGUAUCUGUAUGGAAUUGUUACCUCAGAUCAGCUGUCCCACCUUAGUGGUUCAUGGCCAGAAGGACCCAAUGGUGCCCUCCUUCCACCCCCAAGUCCUGUUGGAACACAUUCCCAAUGCCCGGCUGCAUGUGAUGGCUGAAGGGAAACACAACCUGCACCUGCGAUUCGCUGUGGAGUUCAACAGACUGGUGGAAGACUUCCUGCUGGAGUGAGGCCGCAGGUCACAGACAUGAUCCUCAGCUUACAUCAGCCACCCAAUACUGGUGCCAAGCAGUUGCAUUACUGCUAAGCAGCUGACGCAUGAGGGUCCAGUCAUCCUAGUGUGGCCUGGACACUAAAUUCAUCUAUUUAAAGUGUUGUUUAAUUGUUAUAAUGUAAUAAUUGUGCUGCGUGACCUGACAUCCAUGGGAAAUGACUAAUUUCACUGAUUUUUAAAGUGAAGGAAUUAAAUUGAACUUGUGGAGUAAGAAAUAUUAAACAGCUUUUUCUACAAAAUAUCUAAACAGAAUAGAUCCACCUACAUG